AUGGAGAAGAGCUUCGACUUUGGGAGGCUGCUGAAGAAUCAUGAGAAGAAACACAAGAGUAAACCAUCACAGUUCGGCAGCGUAGCUGGUGGGGUCCAGAAGCGGCUGGAAAACAACUUGAAAUAUAGAAAGAGCAGCCGUCUGACAGUGUUUGAUAACUUGAGGAACUUGUCCAAAUGUGAGAGUCCAGCCCCAGUGUCCAAUGUGCAAUCCAAGGUGGAACAUAGGAGGCAACAGCUGGAGAAAUGGAAGGAGGAAAAGGAGAAAAAGAAAAGAGAGGCUGCUUCACAGAAGAAAAAACCAUUUGUAGCCGGAGUGCCGCAUGCACCACUCAAGUUCGUGCCACCACCUCCUCCUCCAAAACCAAUGCCGAGUACAUCUGGCAGGGUGACACGGUCACAGUCAGCCAGAAAUAGCGUUAAACCAAAAGAAAAUAAGGAGCUGAAGGCUGCAUCACAAUCAUUUGCACCAAAAAAUGCAGCAUUUAAACCACCAGAAAUAAAAAAUUUGACAAAAUUUCCAAAGUUACUUGCUCCAAAGGCUAAAAAAGACAAGAAACAUAAUAUAACAUUUGACCCUUUGCCACCUAACAGUCAAAAGGAGUCCACCAAACAGACUCGAUCUAAAACUGUGAAACAGACUGCAGUCGAGGUGAAACCUGCACGCAAGCCAACUGAGAGAACCACCAAAGGGAAAGUGGGUAAUCCAAUUGCUAAAACAAAUAAGGUAUCAGUAGCUGUUCAGCAACAGAACACUUCAUCAACAAAUGAAUCAGAUUCAAAUCAGGAAUUUUCUCCAAUCCUGACCAGUAAAGUAUUGAGAAAGUCUUUACCAGCACCAAGUUCUCCCCUAGUAGUUACCAAACCUUCCCGGAAGUCUACACCAAAUGUCACACCAAAUAAACCUGUACCAAGGAGUGAGUCUAGUUCUGAAGAACGGCUGCGGUCUCCGAAGUCCUUAGAAGACAUUCAAAUGACUCCGGAGCAGAUAGCAGAAGAGGCUAAACACAUUAGUCCGUGUGUCACCAUGUCUCGGGGCAAGGAUAACGCGAGGAAGGAGAUGAAGAAGAAGCUGGAUGAAGGGCUUCUGGACGAAGAUGCCAGCCACAUGGAGAGUGUGGACCAUUUCCGGCGCCAGCUGGCCUCUGAAAUCAAGCGUAUGACUGAGAUGUGUGACACUUGGGACAAGAUUUCAGAGCAGACUGUGUUACCAGAGUCUAUUCAGGAGGCAGUGCUGUCGGCAGUGGGCCAGGCGCGUCUGUUGAUGUCGCAGAAGCUGCAGCAGUUCGCGUCACUGGUGGAGCGCUGCGCGCGCCCCGAGCCCGGCACCGCGCUCAUCACUCCCGCAGACCUACACGGCUUCUGGGACAUGGUGUUUAUGCAGGUUGAGAAUGUUGACAUGAGGUUCAAGAAGUUAGAGGAGUUGCGCCUCUGCGGCUGGGUGGAGGACCAACCUAUUGAGGUGAAGAAGAAGGUGGUGAGACCAAACCCAAUUGUGAAGAAAGCAGUGAAGCCCACUGGUGGCCCCAGCAGAUUGAGGGAGAUGAUUGCUGCUGCAAGAAAGGCCAAGAAGGAGCAAGAGGAAGUUGUUCCCGUAACAUUGCAACCGCCUGCAGAGGACAGCAAGACAUUCGAGGCAGGCUUCUUCAGCGUGCGGUCACCAGUUCGAUCCCCAGCACGGACCUCCCACUCGCCUGCACCGCGCACUCCCGCCAGUAAGAACAGCUUGCUAAAGCUGUGCUCUCCAGUGAAGCUAAGAAGGCCUCUGCCAGCAAGAAUUCCGCCUCUUUUGCGAUGUUGCGCGCUUCAGUAUUUGGCAAGAAUGUAGAGUGUGAAGGAAUCGCGUUACUGCCGCAAACUCCAACUCCGUUAACUCCGAUCAAUCUGUACGCGACUCCGGGCCGCAGUAUACUCAAAGGUGCCAACACCAACACAAACAACAAGUCCACUAGGAAGUCCAUCAAAAUGGUCCUGUUCAACCGCUCCGACACCGACAUACAGGACGUGUCCUAUCGCACGCCAGACAGCGAAAUAAAUGAAGACAAACCUCAAGAAUUACAAAUGGACAAUGGUGUUUCAUUUAUGGACUUGGAGAAGGUUGAGAAUAAAGAAAAUUCUAGAAGGAAGUCCAAGCUGGUGAGGCAGGACGCUGAAGACAGGAGUCCUGUGGUGACUAGGAGUCGACGCAAGAGUAUGAACACUACUGUCGAUGAGGAUGUCAUUACUCCACGGAGGUCGUCGCGCAAGAAGGUGCUCCACGAGUCUGAGGAUAACACUGUCGAAGAGAAACCGAAGCGAUCGACCAGAAGACGUAAGAGUGGGGUGCAAGUGCAGAACUGA